UCACGUGACUCCGCCUCGACCAAUGGCAGCGGCGCUUGCAUGUUUUGCUGGGCUUUUCUCGGAGACAGACGAACGGCUGGGAUGUUUUCAAAAGCAGCGAUGAACGUCACGCAGCCGUAGGCUACGGUUAACGUACGACAUUUAGAAGAAUAACUGUCAAAAUAGCUCGAUAUUCGCCAUUGACGUAACGUGGAUGAGUCAGUGGGAACGUGCGACCCGAUUUACAGGUGCAUGAUGAGCCGACUGUGCAGUAGGCGUCUAAGCUAGUAAGGUGCCGCACCAUGGCCAAACCUGGGGGUGACCGAGAUGGAGCCAUGGUGGAUAAGCAGGCGGGGAAGAAGUGCAAAGACAAGCUGUCGCCUUUCACCAAAACUCCGAAGUUGGACCGGAGUGAGUUGCUGGGGAAGGAAGGGAAAGCCAAGUCUUCCAUGAAGCGCAAGCUUUCCUUCACUACAAGUCCACCCCGGACCGAGGAGCGAGACUCGGAUACUGAUGACUCAGACCCAGGCCAGUCGAGUGAGACCUGGGGAGAGAGAUUAGUGCCUCCCUGCAGGAUAUACGCAGAUAAAGAUGGACCAGAUAAAAAGAAGAUGAAGAAGGAGGCUGGGAGCAAAAAGUCCCAGUCAUCAAACCUUUUAUUUGGGUAUCCGCUGUCGGAGCGCAAACAGAUGGCUCUUCUCAUGCAGAUGACUGCCAACAGUCCAGACUCGACGCCCAGCCACCCCUCCCAGACGACCCCUGUGCAGAAGAAAGUCCCCAGCAGCGCCUCGUCCCGGCAGAAGGACAAAGUCAACAAGAGGAACGAGCGCGGUGAGACCCCCCUCCACAUGGCGGCAAUCCGAGGAGACGCCAAGCAAGUCAAAGAGCUCAUUAGCCUGGGAGCUGAUGUCAACGUCAAAGACUUUGCAGGUUGGACUCCUCUUCACGAAGCCUGUAAUCUGGGUUACUACGAUGUGGCGAAGGUUUUGAUCGCAGCAGGUGCGGAGGUGAACACGCAGGGUCUGGACGACGACACGCCGCUUCACGACGCUUCCAGCAGCGGACACAAAGACAUUGUAAAGCUUCUCCUUCGUCACGGCGGUAACGCCUUCCAAGCUAACAAGCGUGGCGAGCGGCCGGUGGACGUGGCGGACUCUCAGGAGCUGGAACAACUUCUUAAAGGCGAGGUGGCCAUGUCGGAUCAAGAUGAAACCUCUUCAGAAUCUGAAGACCCCCCGUCUGUCAACCCCUCCAGCGUGGACGACAACAUAGAGGACACCGACACUGAAAAAGACUCGGAUGGCAAAACGGCCACAAAGACGUCGGGCAUGGACGAGUACGAGUUCAAGGACGACGAGGAGGAGGAGGAUCUGAGCAAAGCCCUGAACGACAGACACAUCCCCAGGAGGGAGCUGCGGCAGAGAGAAAAGGAGGACAAAGACAGGAACCAUGUGGCGGCAAAGCAAAACAAGGGCGACUCUUCCUCCAAGUCCAAAAAGCAGAAAACGCCUCAAGUGCACUGCAGCUCCGACACCUCCAGCGACGAAAUGGAGAGCGUGUCCGAAAAAAGGAGCUCGCCCACCUGCUCUCAGAGCUCGGAGAGCCACAAGCCAGACGGGAGGCUGAAAAAAGACGUCGCGGAUCAAAAGGACAAGGGCAAAGUGAAGAGGAAGAGCAAAAGCCAGAUCAAAAACAAGGAGAACCAGGAGGACGGGAAAGAGAACAGCAAAGCUUUGGUUCUCUCUCUCGCCACCGUGUCAGAGAACACGGAAAAGUGUCGGGAGGAGGACUCCUUCAAGAUGUCCUUCAGCCCGAAAGACGACUCGUCUGUCCACCUCUUCCACUUGUCGUCCAUCAAGGCCCCGAAGCUGAACCACAGCUUGGCAGAUAAACAGAGUCCACUCAAACAGGAAAAUACUAAGAUCUCCAUCUCUGACAGCUCGUGUCCUUUGGACAAAUACAAUCACUACUCUGAUGGUGAUUACUGCACUGAGAGCUCCAGCACCAAGGGCUGCAAACACCGGGAAAAGAGUAAACACCAGCAGAAAGACUUGGGCCUGGACGGAGACGACGGACACUCGAGUCCCUACAAAGACAGCAGCAUAGGAAACAGCUUGGACGGCAGCGAGGGCACCUUACGGAAGACAGAUUUAGACGGCAAAGUAGUGAAGAAGCAUAAAAUUAAACACAAGGAGAAAGAUAAACACAGGAGGGAGCACGAGGCCGAGCGGAGCCGCCACAGGCAGAAGGAGGCCAGGAAAGACGGCCACAGGAAUUUGGAAUUUGACAGGGAGUUCUGGAAAGAGAAUUUUUUCAAAAGCGACGAGGCAGAUGAACUUCUGGGAGUGAAAAAGGAAGGCGAAGACGUCAGCUCGCUUCAGAGGCCGUCCGAGACGUCUCCCGUCAAAGAUGAGAGGAACUCGAAGGAGAGGCACUCCGGCAGCAAGGAGAAGAAGCCGAGAGAGGAGCGAGAGAAAGAGAGGACUGUGAAAAAGGAGAAGGUGAAGGAUUUGAAACCGAGCGAGCGUGACGAGAAGGUGGACUGUCACGGGUCAGGGUGGGUUCUGGAGGAGCCGCCGCAGAACAACAGCCUGAAAGAGGAGAUGGAAGAAAAACCCAUAAGCGGGAUCUCAGCUGAUCAGGACCAGCUGGAGCCCUCUGAAAAAGGCUCACGUGAGAAAUCUGACAAGAGGCUUCUGGGAAAAGAAAAGGAUUCAGAUAAAAUGGAGAAAAAACACCUCGAGAAGGAAAAAAAGAUUAAACUGGAACACUCUGACAAAGCUGAGCCACAGAACUCGGUGGACCGUUGGAAGGAAAAAGAGAGAACCGUUUCUUCCCUCUCGCCUACAGAUAAAAGCUUCAGAGAGAACGAAAGGCUGAAAUCUUUAUCUGCCGUCAAGAAACACGAAGACGGCAGGAAAAAUAAAGAUAAGUUUGACAAACGGUCCGAUAGGGAGAGGCAGGACAGAGAAUACAUCGCAGGGGAUCACAAAGACCGGGAUCGUACGAACGCUGAUAGGAGAGGAAAACCUCUGGAGAAGUCCUCGGAUCACAGCAAGUCUGAUCGCUUUAAAGAAAAGGACUGUGACCGGAAGAAGAGAGAUAAGAUAAAAGAUGGAAGCCUUUCUUCAAGCUCCAAUCUGAAAUUACUUUUAGAAGAUAAGAAAAGUUAUCUGUCAGAAAGCACUAAGGUCUUAUCUCUGAAAUCAAAGGAGGAAGUUGCGAGAACUCCAGAGAAGGAUCGCGACCGGCGGGACCGGGACUCUGACAGACACAGGGACAAGGAUAAAGACCGGCACAAAGAUCGCUCCCAGCAGGCCAAGAUCAACAAACUGAGGCCUGCCGAGGCCGACGCAGAGAAGACCAAAUCCAAGUCCUCCGCAGCGUCACGAGACGGCAAGCCGAAGGAGAAACGGCUCGUAAACGACGACCUGAUGCAGACCAGCUUCGAGCGUAUGCUCAGCAUGAAGGACCAGGAGAUCGAGCUGUGGCACCGGAAACAUCUGGAAAAAAUCAAGCAGAAGGAGCGAGAGAGGCUGAAACAGCGGCCCCUGGCUGAUCUGGGGAAGUCCAAACCUAAAGACAGGACAAAAUCAGAACCAUAUUUGAGUAAGGAGCUGAUCCGCUCGAAAAGCUCCGAAGCACCUGAGGUCCACAGCAGAGACAGAUCUCUGAAGGACGGCAUGAGCCCCAGAACCGUGUCUCUGGACGGGAAGAGUCUGCCCACCAUCGGGGCAAAGGUCAUGUCGGCCGUAGAGAACUGCCUGAGCAGAUCGCCUCGGCCCGAGAGCGAGCGCGGCGGCCUCAUGUCCCGCUCCGUGUCCAUGCACUCCGUGGUGAGCUCGGAGGACUCCUGCCAGGCCUCCACGCUAACGCCCAGAAACGCCGAGUACGACUCGGACAUGAACCUGGAGGCCUCGGACUCCCAGCAAGCGUUUCUCCAGUCUUCCCUCAUCAUCCAAGCUGCCAGGUCUCCGUCUGUCCACGACAAGGACUGUAACAGUCUUCCAGAUGUCCUCCAGACCAACCGGACACCGCUGCCGGGCAAACACGAGUCCCCGUACCUCAGGGCCAUUCUGAACGAGGACGCUAACUCCUCCGCUGAGGGGAAAGCUGUGGAACAUCUGCCCAAGUCCAGCCCGACCGGCGCCACGGGAGAGGAACUGAGACCGAAGGAGACCUCAGAACCUGAAGAGAGCCCCAGCUGUCAACUGAACUCCAACUCCGUCCCCGAUCCAGGAGGUGAGGGGGACGGAGGCGCAGCUGGGUGUUCGGACUCGCAACCGUUAAUCAGAGAUCUUCCAGGUAAAAACCUGAAAAUCCCACAUUCCAGUGCCUCUGAGACCGGGUCAGCAGAGCAGAGAACUCCACUGGUCUCUGACCCGGUUGCAGAUAAAGACCCCCCGUGUCUGAUGGAGGUCUCACAGGGAGAAGAAUCUGAUCAGCCUUUAGUGUCUGCAGAGUCUCCAGAACCAUCCACUCCCACAAACACCAGAACCCUCCAGCAGAGAGACCCACUACCACCUGCUGGUACUGAGAACCAGCAGCAGUCCCAGUCAGGGAGCCCACAGGUUUCUGACCACAGUGACCAACCUGUGGAGACCCCCGACAGACCAGAGGAGGAGGACAUGGAUACCAGUUCAGAAAACCUACGAUCAGAAAGGCCGGGGAGUCCGGUGCCGCCCCCCAGUUUGCACAUUCCCACCUCUGCUGAAGGGGAACCCUCACCGGGUUCAAACAAAACCGAGUCCAAAGGUUCUGAAGAGGACGGGAUCCUAAAUAACCCGGACUGCAGGAAGUCCUGGCCUUCCAGUGACGAUGCAGACCCGUGUGUCGAGUCUCAGACGGAGGACGGGGCGACCUGUUUGAGUCCCGAACACAAAGCUGAGGACAUGACCGACGUCCCAACAGAGCCCAACAGAACCGAGAGCUCUUCACUCGAAGGCAGUCUGAGUUCAGAAGGAACCUCUGAGUCCAAACCAGAGGUCCACCCUGAGCCGAUGGAGGCCUCGCCACCUGACGAGAAACUGGAGUCGUCGUCGUCUGCAGAGGAGCCGAGUCCAGCCAGCGUCCAGCAGCUGGCUCAGGCCGACAGCAGCACCGCCUCAGGGAGCUCCUCGCCGCAGUCCGGAGACCAGGAGUCCGACUCCUCAGGAGCCAAGCUCAAGCUCCGCCCCGCUGACGAGGAACUGGACGUCCACGUUCCGCACCCACGCAAGAGGAAGAUGCCCAGGCUGUCGAGCUCCCAGCUGAGCUCUGCAGCUCAGCAGGAGAGGGAGAAGUGCCAGCAGUCCCUCGCCGCCAUCGUGGACUCGGUGAAGCUGGAGGAGAUCGAGCCCUAUCAGACGGAGCGAGCCAACCCGUACUACGAGUUCCUGCACAUCCGGAAGAAGAUCGAGGAGAAGCGCAAAGUGCUGUGCAACGUCACGCCCCAACCGCCGCAGUAUUAUGAUGAAUAUGUGACCUUUAAUGGAUCCUACCUCCUGGACGGGAACCCACUCAGCAAACUCUGCAUACCAACGAUAACUCCGCCCCCGUCGUUACCCGAGCCGCUGAAAGAAAUGUUCAAACAACAAGAAGUGGUCCGGAUGAAACUACGGCUGCAGCACAGCAUCGAGAGGGAGAAGUUGAUCGUUUCCAACGAGCAGGAGGUCCUACGAGUUCACUACCGGGCAGCGAGAACACUAGCCAAUCAGACUCUGCCUUUCAGCGCCUGCACCGUCUUACUGGACGCAGAGGUAUACAACAUGCCUCAGGACAUCCAGAACGAUGACGGCAAAACGUCAGUAAGAGAUCGGUUCAACGCCCGGCAGUUCAUGUCCUGGUUACAGGAUGUCGACGACAAGUUUGACAAACUGAAGACGUGUCUUCUGAUGCGGCAGCAGCACGAGGCGGCAGCUCUGAACGCCGUGCAGCGUCUGGAGUGGCAGCUCAAACUGCAGGAGCUGGACCCGGCCACCUACAAGUCCACCAGCAUCUURGAGAUCCCCGAGUUCUACAUCCCGCUGGUGGAGGUCAACGACGACUUCGACCUCACGCCGAUAUGACGGGAAACGAAAAAAAAACAAACAAACAGGAAAUGAAGCACUUAGAAAGUGGCGCCGGAACAACGGAGCACUUAUAAACGAGACAGUUUUACUCCAGAGCUUUUAAAGUCUGACGUAGGAGGACCAGGAUGGAGGACUGAGCAGGAAGAUGGCGUCAGGAACCAGAAGAAUCUGGGCGGGUCGGAGCCGCCGCCGCUCGUCACGCAGGGUCACGCAGCUGAAAGGUUUCAAAUGUUUUCAGUGUGUUCAUACAUUUUGUACAGGCCGUGCUCUUAAUUUUUUAACUUAUUUUAUACAUUAAAAAUGUGCAUUUGUACAUAAUUCUGUAAUUAUUUUAAACCUGUAAAAACAAAAAAAUAGAUAUUUUGAUUGUAAACUUGUCGUUUGUUUUAAUGGACCAAAGUUGUUUUUUAUAUUGAGUGUCCUCUGCGUUCGUGAUGUUCUUGUUGUUGUUGGCUUUUUGUUGUUGUUUACUUUCCUUUAAUCGUCUCCUCCUUCCUCACCUGGAGCUUCACGCCACAGCCGGUGUGUUUGACUUUUAAAGCUGUGCAUGCGUUCCCAUGUUCGUACUUCCCCCACUUUUUAAAAGCUGUCAUGUGCAACUUAAUUGUGAAGUUUACUGAUGUGUUUCAGCAUUUUAUUUUAUUUUUCUCCCCAACAUUGUGUCUCUUCCGCCUCCUCAUGUGUUGCUCAUUGUGUCUGGCGCACAUUAAAGUCUGUUGCUUCCAAGAAAAGAAAAAUGAAAAGGAAAAAAAAAACUUUUACAGUUUCAAUGUGAGAUCACAACAAAUCCUAUUUUUUCAACAUAAUGCCUUUUGAACGAUAGUUCUAAAAUAUGUCUAUUUUAAUAUUUACUUGUUACAUGACCUGUACAUAUUUGUAAUAUAUYAUUGAAUAAAUUUUAUUUGUUGUGAAACUA